ACUUCUUAAAUUUCCAGGGAAGGAGUUCAGAGUGAUGGAAUGCUCUGGGUAUGCCCAAAGCUUUAUCUUGAAAAUAGCCUGUCGUGAAUAAUUGGUUUCAUUUGUCAUGACUGGAAAUUGGCUUUGUGUAUGCCAGAGAAUGGGGGCAGGAAGGAAAGAUUGUGUCUUGAGCUCUCUGUGCCUCUAGGGCAGUGACGCUUUUCCUCUCACGUGAAAGGAGAGCAUGACCCACAAGGUGCACAGAUACGGUGUCAGAGAAAUUAGUCUUUCAGAUACAGAGACACAGCCUUCCCCAAAAGAUCCUCAUUGCGCUGCCUUUUUUCUGUUUUUGCUUGUUCUAACAUUAGUAACUGAAACUGAUUAUGACCUCAAAUGAGAGGAGAAAGUGACUCUUUCCACUUUUGAGCUAGUUAAUUAUCUAAAUCUCAGUUCAAGAGUCACUUCCAACCCCAAUGAAAGCCCUUGAGUGCUGGGCACCUCUUCUUCAUAGCAUUUGUCCUAGGGGUUUUUGUACAUGUGCUUGUGUGAAACUUGGAUUGACAUCUGUAUUUCUGACUGGACUACCAUUUCCUCAAGGAUAGGGAUAUCCUGCUCACCAUUUUUAGUUCCAGCAUCUAGACAGUACCUCAAGCAAACAAGUCCUUAAAAAUGAAAUAAAACGGACCAAGGGAAACAUGGCUAUAGGGCGGCCCGUGCGGCUGUUUUCUCUAGUGGCUCGGUUGCUCCUAGCUCCCCGACGGGGCCUGAUGGUCCGCAGUCCAGACGAACCGCUGCCGGUAGUGCUCAUCCCAGUGGCUCUACAGCGGAAGUUGGAACAGCUGCAGAGCAGACGGCGGAGACUCCCGGGGCCGGGGCCGGUGCGACCUGGACCGCUGCUGGUUUCGGCGCGGCGGCCAGAGUUAAACCAGCCAGCUCGCCUCACUCUGGGCCAUUGAGAGAUCGCGCCGCUAGCCUCUCGAAGCUGCCGGGACCACUUCUCCAUCGAGCGCGCGCUACAGGAGGUGCCAGCGGUGCAGAAGCCCUCGUCCGAGGACAGUUUUGCUGACCUUGGCCUGGAGCCCCGUGUGCUGCACGCACUGCAGUAGGCUGCACCUGAAGUCGUUCAGCCCACAACCGUGCAGUCUAACACCAUCCCCCCACUACUUCGCGGCCGCCACAUCCUUUGUGCCGCAGAAACCGGCAGUGGCAAGACUCUCAGCUACCUCCUGCUGCUACUUCAACGGCUCUUGGGACUGCCAAGCCUGAACUCCCUUCCUAUCCCCAUGCCCCGAUGUCUGGUCCUUGUGCCUUCCCGAGAAUUGGCCCAGGUGCGGGCCGUGGCCCAACCCUUGGGGUGCUCCUUGGGCCUGCUGGUGCAGGACCUGGAGGGAGGCCGUGGCAUGCGUAGGAUCAGGUUGCAACUGUCCAAACAACCUUCAGCCUAUGUGCUGCUAGUGGCCACUCCAGGGGCACUGUGGAAAGCCCUGAGAAGUCGACUUACCAGCCUGGAGCAACUCUCCUUCUUGGUAUUGGAUGAGGCAGACACACUGCUGGAUGAAAGCUUCCUGGAACUUGUGUACUGCAUCUUGGAGAAUAGCAACAUCGCAGAAGGCCCAGCUGACUUGGAAGACCCCUUCAAUCCCAAAGCUCAGUUAGUGCUGGUAGGAGCCACAUUUCUCAAAGGUGUAGGCCAGUUGCUGAAUAAAGUCGCCAGUGCAGAUUCUGUCACCACCAUCACCAGCUCCAAGCUCCACUGUAUCAUGUCUCAUGUGAAACAGACACUUCUGAGACUGAAGGGAGCAGAUAAGGUGACCGAGCUGGUGCACAUCCUCAAGCAUCACGACAGAGCAGAAAAGACUGGCCCCUCGGGAACUGUUCUGGUGUUCGGUAAUAGCUCCAGCUAAUAUAUUCUGGAUGAUCACAAAAUCCAACACCUAAGGUUGCAGGGGAAAAUGCCAGCCUUGAUGAGGGCAGGUAUCUUCCAGUCCUUCCAGAAGGGCUCCCAAGACAUAGUUUUCUGCACAGACAUAGUCUCUUGGGGCCUAGAGAGCACUGGUGUGGAGCUGGUUGUCAAUAAUGAUUUCCCCACUACACUGCAAGAUUACAUCCAUAGAGCAGGGAGAGUAGGCUGUGUGGGGAGUGAGGUUCCAGGCACCGUCAUCAGUUUUGUGACCCAUCCCUGGGAUGUGAGCCUGGUUCAGAAGAUUGAGCUGGCGGCUUGACGAAGAAGUCUUCCAGGACUGCCAUCCUCAGUGAAGGAGCCUUUGCCACAGCAACCUGAUUUUGACAAAUCUGAGUAAAAUGUGAUGCUAGAACAGGGAUCUUUCCCAGUGUCGUGGGUAGGUGAGCACACCUGUCAGUGGGAGGCUCUGGGCUGCCCUUUCAGCCCCUUGAGGGCAGGAUGAGCUGCUGUAUGACUUAGAAAGGUAAGCUGCGUCCAGGCGCGGUGGCUCAUGCCUAU